AUCGACCGACCUCUUCUGUUCUAGCGGACGACGUAAACCGAGCCGGACAACAUGCUGAUGUCGAGGUUCAGCCCCGUAGCCCAGCGGCUGAUGCUGCCGCUCGCCUCCCGGGGCAUCUCCUCCCGCGAGGUCUUCGUCCGGGAGCAUAAAUACGGGGCCCACAAUUACCAUCCGCUGGAGGUCGCCCUGACGCGCGGCGAGGGCAUCUUCGUCUGGGACUGCGAGGGCAAGCGCUACUUCGACUUCCUCUCGGCCUACUCGGCCGUUAACCAGGGUCACUGCCAUCCGCGAAUCUAUCGGGCGAUGACGGAUCAGGCGAGGCAGCUUACUCUUACCUCGAGGGCCUUCUACUCGGACAUGCUCGGCGAGUUCGAGGAGUACAUUACGCGCCUCUUCCAGUACGACAAGUGGCUACCGAUGAACACCGGCGUCGAGGGCGGCGAGACCGCGUGUAAACUCGCCCGCAGAUGGGGCUACGAUUGCAAGGGCAUCGAGCCCUACCAGGCCAAGAUCAUAUUCGCCAGGGGCAACUUCUGGGGCAGGACCUUGAGCGCCGUCUCGUCGAGCACCGACCCCACGAGCUACACCGGCUUCGGGCCCUUCAUGCCCGGCUUCGAGCUCAUACCCUACGACGAUCUCGAGGCCCUCGAGCAGGCCACCCAGGACCCGACGGUUUGCGCUUUCAUGGUCGAGCCGAUCCAGGGGGAGGCCGGGGUCGUUGUGCCCAAGGACGGCUACUUGAAAGGUGUGCGCGACAUCUGCACGAGGAACAAUGUCCUGUGGAUCGCCGACGAGGUGCAGACGGGCCUCAGCCGCACGGGCAGGCGCCUGGCCGUUGAUCACGAGGACGUGAAGCCGGAUAUCGUGAUUCUUGGUAAGGCCCUGUCCGGUGGAUUUUAUCCCGUCUCGGGUGUCCUCGCCAACGACGAGGUUAUGCUCGUGAUAAAGCCCGGCGAGCACGGCUCGACCUACGGUGGCAAUCCCCUGGGAUGUCGCAUCGCCCUCGAAGCCCUCAAGGUCCUUGAGGAGGAGAAGCUCGCGGAAAAUGCUGAUAGACUUGGCAAGAUUUUGCGCGGCGAGCUGAUGAAGUUGCCGAAGGACGUGGUGACGCUCGUCCGGGGCAAAGGUCUUCUCAACGCCAUCGUCAUCAACGAGAAAAUCGACGCGAUGAACGUGUGUAGGCAGUUGAAGGAAGAGGGUCUGCUGGCAAAACCGACCCACGGGCACAUAAUUCGCCUGGCCCCGCCCCUCGUUAUCAACGAGGCCCAAAUCUUCCAGUGCGCGGAGAUCAUCGAGAAGGUGAUCGGUUGUCAAAAGGCCUGAGGCUCAAGCGGCGCUCGAGGACUCACUGUCUCGGCUCCUCGACUCGUCCGAUCGAUAAGCCCAGCCGCGAUUGACCAUCGGAUAACAAAUUCCAGGUCCUAGCAAGAAAACUGCAUUGUUUUUACGAUAUCGAGCCGGCGCUGAUGGAUAAUGGCGCGACGCAAAUAUUUUCCACGUGGAAUAUCAAACAUUGAAUUGGAAUUUUUGUCUGCAAUCAUUGGCACUGAACGAAAGCAACGACAAUCGAAGAUAAAUUAAUAAUAAAGACGUUGCUUUAGUUUUACACUCGUUUAUUUGUUUUAUGUUUAAGGUUGUAAAGGACCAUCGGGAUAAGAUGGCUUUCAUUAGAAAAAGGACUUUACGAAUUAAUUAGUAUUGUUGAGUGUAAGUAGAUGGUCGUACGAGUCGUAAUGAUUUCAAUGAUGUACAAAUAAUAUAAAAUUUGUUUUAAUACAAUUCAUUAAUAAUAAUGUUGAGAUAUAACGAA